ACACCGGCAGGCGCGGCUUGUCCCUGGGAGUGAGCGGCACUCACCGCCCCCGCUGACGCCUAGAUGGGGCGGUCCCCGCUCCCUACACGUGCCUCUGGGGGCCGGCUCACCCGUCGAUGGCAACCUUUGCCCCCUGCCCCCUGUCCCCGCGCCGUCGCCCCCGUCCCCGGAGCGCCGUGCCGAGUCGGGGGGCGCGGAGCCGGACAGCGAGGGCGAAGGCCCGCGGCGGCGCCCUGGCCCGCGGAGACGGAACGCGGGACAGGGCGAGGAUGGUUCCGGGCUCUGCGCGCAGGGGCUGCGGCCCGCCGGGGGUCCGGGGACAGACCCCGCUGCCGCCGUCCCGAGGGGGCACCGCCGCAGUGCGGGGCGGCCGCGCCUGUGCGCGCCCCGCGGCUCGUCACGCCCUGCGGCAGCGCUGCUGAGGGCGGCGAGAGGCCUUAGGGAGGCGCCGGACUGCCGGCGGGCCGCAGCCCCUGGGGCUGGAGGCAGGGAGGGAAGGAGGGAGGCAGGGAAGGAGGAAGCAGGCGGGGAGACUUCCUCCUCCUCCUCGGCGGCAGCAGUAAGCAGCUGCGCGGCUGGGGCGGCCGGCACGGCUGGGCACCGGCCCCCCCGCCCGGCGGUGGGCUGCGCCCCGGCCGGAGGCUCCCCACGCCGCCCAUGCCACCCACGCGUGCCCGGCUUCCAUGCCCCUGGCCGCCAGCGGGACCGCGGCGUCGCUCCGCGCGGCGAGGAAAGCGGCGGCGAGUGGCACCUCCGGCAGGCCGGCGAGGCAGGCCGCCGCGGCAGAUGGGUGGCUUCUUCCGCCGCCCCCUUCCUGCCUGCCUUCUCCUCCUCCCCUCCGCCGCCCCCCGCCUCCUCCGUUGCCUCCUCCCCCGCUGGUGGGGCCGCCGUCGCCGCCUCCACCUCCCCCUCGGCUGCCUCCCUUCUCCCGGCACUCCCCCAGACCCGCGCCCGUGUCCGCUCCUGCUCCGGCUUCCCGGGACUCGCCAUGAGCGGCGGUUCCGGUCGCUUACCGCCGCCCGCCGCCCUCUGCCCGCCGCCGCCCCUCCACGGGCCGAGCUUGCCGGAGGCGGGAGCGCGGAGCCAGGGCCGGGGCAGCCCCGCCGGGCACGGCGCACCCCGCGGCGCCCCGGGCUCCAGAGCCCCGCCACCAGGUAGUAUUGGUACAGCGUUUCAAUGCCACUCAAUCCAUCAAGAUCACAUUUGUACUGAUGACAGUGACAAGAGCGAAGACAGUCCUAGUCCCAAACGACAACGCCUUUCCCAUUCUGUCUUCGACUACACCACAGCAUCACCAGCCCCAUCACCACCAAUGCGACCAUGGGAGAUGACAUCAAAUAGGCAGCCUCCUUUGGCUCGACCCAACCAACACCACUUCUCAGGGGAACGAUGCAACACACCUGCACGAAACAGGAGGAGUCCUCCUGUUCGACGUCAGAGAACAAGGAGAGAUCGUUUGUCUAGACAUAAUUCCAUUAGCCAGGAUGAAAACUAUCACCAUCUCUCCUAUGGACAGCAGCAAGCAAUAGAAGAGCCUCGAGCCUUUCGCCCACCGAAUGUAUCUCCUCGUAUGUUGCACCCAGCUGCUCACCCACCACAGCAGAAUGCAGUGAUGGUUGACAUUCAUGAUCAGAUUCAUCAGGGCACAGUUCCUGUUUCAUACACAGUGACAACUGUGGCUCCACAUGGGAUACCACUUUGCACAGGCCAGCACAUUCCAGCCUGCAGCACUCAGCAGGUCCCAGGGUGCUCAGUGGUUUUCAGUGGCCAGCACCUUCCAGUUUGCAGUGUGCCUCCCCCAAUGCUUCAGGCGUGCUCAGUUCAGCAUCUACCUGUACCAUAUGCAGCAUUUCCACCCCUCAUUUCUAGUGACCCAUUUCUUUUGCAUCCUCCUCAUAUCUCUACACACCACCCUCCUCACUUACCUCCUCCAGGACAAUUUGUUCCUUUCCAAGCACAACAGUCACGGUCGCCACUUCAAAGGAUAGAAAAUGAUGUAGAAUUGCUUGGAGAACAUCUUCCUGUAGGAGGUUUUACAUACCCUCCCUCAGCCCAUCCACCAACGUUGCCUCCCUCAGCUCCUCUUCAAUUCCUAGCCCAUGAUCCAUUACACCAGGAGGUGCCAUUUGGGGUACCGUACCCACCUUUUAUGCCUCGAAGACUCACAGGGCGCAGCAGAUACCGAUCACAGCAGCCAAUACCACCACACCCUUACCAUCCCAGCCUAUUACCUUAUGUGCUAUCAAUGCUCCCAGUGCCACCGGCAGUUGGACCAGCUUUCAGCUUUGAGUUGGAUGUGGAAGAUGGAGAGGUAGAAAACUAUGAGGCACUGCUGAAUUUGGCAGAACGUCUGGGAGAAGCCAAACCACGGGGAUUAACAAAAGCAGAUAUUGAGCAGCUUCCAUCCUACAGGUUCAAUCCAAACAAUCACCAGUCAGAGCAGACAUUAUGUGUGGUGUGCAUGUGUGAUUUUGAGUCAAGGCAGCUACUUAGAGUCUUACCCUGUAACCACGAGUUCCACGCCAAGUGUGUUGAUAAAUGGCUAAAGGCAAAUCGUACCUGCCCGAUUUGUAGAGCUGAUGCUUCAGAAGUGCAUCGUGAUUCAGAAUGACCGAUCUAAGAGCACAAAUCUGGUUUGGGUGUUUCUGGUCACAUGUAUAUGUGAACUCUCUAUUGAACUUACCUACCCAUGUGGCUUCCAGCCUACCCUUUACACAAAAGGGUCAAUGAACCUUACUUUGCACUGUGUGACUUAAUCAAUUAUAAAGCUUAUAACUAGUCUUCACAGUUACGGGAUUGUUAUACUAACAAGUGUGAUUGGAACUCCAAAGAUUUUUUUUUUUAGCUUAAUUUUGUGUGUGCACUAACAUUCCCUGGGUUUUGUGUGAUCAUUCCAAGUAUUGCUGCGAGAUUACUGUGGAUGUGAUCUUUUAGCAUAGCUUUUAUAUAAAAAAAAAAAAGAAAAAAAAAAGUGGUAGCUCCAAACAAUAUAGCAAUCUACCUUAUAUAGAGCCUUCAGAUACUGUGAGUGGGGAUGAACAGUGUGACUGUGUUUGCCUGAGAGAGGGUGAGUGAAGUGUGCUUGUGACUGGGUGUGCCUGCGUGUUUGAGAACCUAUAUACCAGCAUGUACUGAGAACGUAUGUGUGUAGUAAUAAUUAUGCUGCAAUGUAUAAUCUUGUGUGUUAUUUAAACAGUACUAGUACUGUACACUGGUUCCUUUCCUUGUGUUUGCAGUUGCACACUGAAUGCGAUGGGUGCAGCAAUUACAGACAUUUAGUAUUUUGUCCCCAACGUACUUACAGGUGUAAAGACCUUUCUACCUACUACUAUUCAAACAGCUGUUCUGCUUCCCCUUCACUGGAGGCUUUAAGUGUGUACCACUAAAGAAUGCAUUGAUUCUUCAUACAUGAGUAACCUUGGGGGUUUUAUCAUAUGUUACAAAGUCUGGAUUUUUUAAUGGCUGAUUUACAAGUUAUUUUAUCAAUGUAGAGUCACAAUAUCGCAUUUAGCAAUAUUAAUGUUUUCAAUUGCUGAAAUAUAUCAAUGUUUUUCUGUUUUCCUUUUAAAUUUUUCUAGCUGGGUUUACCAGUUAUGUGUUUCUUUCAUGAAAGGAAGCAGGAAAUACACUGGGGGUGUCCUGGUCUUGAGGAACAGGUCUUAGCUUUUGCCCAUUGUAUUUGCUAAGGACAUCGUCUUCUAGCUUAUAAACAUUGGCUUUAAUUACAUUCAUUCUUUGUCAUCUGCAAGGAAGUUGGUAUGUAACUAAAAUAACUUGUAAAAGGUUACAAUUUUAUUCCUGUGACUUCAUGAAUAAAAUACAUUUUUUAGUGUUUUCUCAGAAAAGUAGAAUUUCAUAUUUCUUUCACCCUAUCACAAGAGGAGGUAGGUUUUGGUCAUAACCUGCAGAAUUCAGUUGCCCUGAUGCUGCUUCUUUCCCUUCCUUAUUUCAUGAUGAGUGUAAUAGGAAGAAGGAACUCCUAGGUUUUUGCAAUCAAGUUUCCAGAGUGCUCCACUAGAGGAGAAAUUUGGAAUACUUUCCAGAACAGUGCUGUGAAAAAAGAGGGGAUAAUGUCUAUUCAAGUGCUCUGAAUAAUAUUUUAUUUGGGCCAUUGAAAAAAAAAUUAGCUUUUUUGUAACAUUCACACUAACAUCUCUGAUGUGUUCUAGCAAAAUAUUUAGGUCUGCAUAUACCACAAUUGUGGAUAGGAUGCACUUUUUGCAAAGAAACUCUUCUCAUAAAUUCAGUGUCAUUUCUUUGGUUGCAGCAGCAGCACAAGUGGCACAACUAGCAGUAUUGCUACAACUUGCUGCCAGUCUCAGCUUUAAGUUUAUUCUUUAUAAUUUCUGAUGCUUUGGUAUACUGCUAUGCUUUAGUAUCAGUUAAAAUUUCAAACAGUGUUAGAUGUUCUCCAUGCCUGUUUUCUUCUUUGAAGAUUUUACAGACCAGUCACAGCUCUUGGUGCAGCUAAAUAAAAGCACAAUUUUGCCCCAUUUCAUAUGUUUUUCCCUCUGUUUAGUUAUGCACAUAGUUCUCAAAAAUAGUGAUGCUUUCUGUACGUGUCCUUACUUAGGAACACUAAAUAAAUAAAAAUGCUGUUACUUCCACUUCAAAAUACUAGAAUUUCUUUUUCCUCUCUUCCAGUGGAGUUAAAGAAUAGACUUUUCACAAUAGCACCUAGCAGGUUAAAUAAUAUGUAAUAAAAUUUAUUUUUUUAACAAAUAAAAUCAUGUUUAAAAAGCAUAUGCCACGUAUGUCUUACAAAACUUAGCCUCUUUUAUAAAACUGCAAAAGAAAAAGAAUCCAUGUACAGAUUUAAACAUGACUAACAUUUCUGUGUUUAGUAUUCAGUUCAAAGCAUGGAAAGAGGGUACUUUUUCUAAACUUGAUACAAGUAGACAAGACACAUACUUCUGAAACUGAGGGAAAGUAGUUCUCUUUCUGGAACUGGAGAAAUGUCCCUUUUCCCCCACUAAAAUCCAGUGAGACAGUGGGAGAUCUAGGAGAUGGAGGGUCUAAGUUGGUAAAAUCCUGCAAUUAAUUGUUGCACUCUUAUGGCUCAUCUCUUCUGGAAUGAUUCUUCGGUUUGCUUGGAUGAAUGGGGACUUGUUUCCUGUGGUAGUGUGUACAAAGAGCACACGUGCUUAUGUUUUGAAUCAGCUCAGACAGGCUACAACCACAUCUUCUGUGGUGGCUGUCAAGGGCAGGGGAUUUACGUUCAGCUCUUAACUGCCAUGUAUUAUGCACAGCUGCCGUGGUGCCUGACAGCACCUGCAUUCAGCAACACUUUUUUUAUCUUCAUUGCCUUUCUGCCAUCCAAUGACUCUUUUUUUUCUCCAGAAAACACAAGAAUAUCCAACCUUCAAUGUGUUUGCUUUAUCAUAUUGGCACUGCUGUGUUUUUUUGCAUAAAUGUCAAUUUAAUUUGACAUUUUGAUGGAUAUCAAGGCCUACAGAUAAUUCCAGUGUCUCAUUUUUUGGCUUUCUUUAGAAAAAGAAGUAGGGCCGUGUGUUGUACGUCAUUUGGUAGAGGCUCUUGAAUGUGACUUCACAGCUCUUAGUACAAUGCAUAAUACUUGGGAUGAGACUUAUCAACUGUUUUAAUUUUAAUUGUAGAAAACAGUUUCAACUGAGUUAUCUUUGGGCCUUUGUAAAAGCUGUGUUUUUUUCCUUUGGUACAUUGUUACCUCAUUUUGCUACUUGUGUUUCAGACUUGCUAAUUAUUAUGAAAGCUUAUGGUUUUUGUUGGAAUCAUAUUUUGUUAAGUGUUUUCUUUAAAUCAUAUGCUAUUGUAUCAUUUAACAUGUAGUUUUAAAUGUAUUAUAAAUAUCUGUAACCAAAUCAUUUGAAGGCUUGAUAAAUUUUUAACAAAAUUUGUACAUUUUUUAUGAGAGUUACUAGUAAUGCUUUACUAGGUAGUGCAAUGAAUUUUUAUUUUUAAUCCCUGUGCCCAAUUUUGGAGUUGAGAGAGUUGUUCGGUAAUAAAUGUAUGA